AUGAGUAUUUAAUGUAGUGAAAAUAAUUCUCAAAGAACUUCAUCAGAAGAUAUUUUAUAAAAUAAAUAUAAUCCAUAUGAAGGUAAUAUAGAGAUAAUUAUAAACAGUAAAGCUAUUACUAAAAAGAAGAAGAAAAAAUAGUAAGAGAUCAACAGUAAAAAUUUUGGAGGUUAAUGCUAAUUUAAGAUGAUAAAUUAUUACUCAAUACAAAGAUCUUUAAACUUAAAAAAACUGUUUCAUCUUGCUGGUGGAUUGUUAAUAGAUAUCAGUGAUCCUAUUUAAUAGAUACCUGACUAUUCUUAUUAUAACGUUUGUAAAAUUGUUUAGUCUUCAAAUAAGUUUAGAGACGGGUCUGUCUAGUUUUAGAUGGGUUGUUUAGAUAUAACAUUUGAUUAUGGAUUGGUUACAAAUAUUCUUUACUCCACUUAAAAUGAAGAUAAUUUUACUCUUGCUAAUAUAUUAGACGAAGCCUAACCAAAAAUAAUACUAAUAAAAGAAAAAAUUGACAUGCUUUAUCUUAAAUAUAAUAUUUAGGAUAUUGAAUCAAUUACUAAUCAAAGAAAAUUGUAUUUAGAAUAAUAUAAGUAGCAAUACUUGGAAUAAAAUCAAAACGAAGAUGAUUUUUAUUCAGUCACAUGUUAUAGUUUGGACGUUCAUUUAAAGUCAAUAUUUUCUAGUUUUCAUUAAUUUUCUAAAUCUCUAAUUGCACUCCUUGGAGCUGAAACAGAGGAAAUGAUAAGUUAUGUAAUGAAAAAAUCUAUUUUUUGGAUGUUCUCCAAAAAUACAAGAAAACAAAUGAUGAAAGGAUUUGCUUUAAUUCUAAUUAAAUAAUUAAAUCAAAUUUAUCAUACAAGCCUUCAAAAAGCUGAAAUACUGACUAUUGAUUAAAUUUUAAUUUCGUGUUCUAGCGAUAUUACAAUUAUUCCUAUCAAUUAUCCAAUUGAGUUAUAAUUUAAAGAUGAAGAAUUUACUUAUAUUAAUUAAUUGGAUUACCUGAUCAUCCUUAACUAUGAAAUCCCUCCAAAUAAUAUUAAGAAUGUAAUUAAAAUAAGAGAAGCCAAAAUCUAAAGUUAAAGUUCAAAAGCUUAAAAUAUUUAUCUUUGGUCAGACUUAGAUGAAUACGUAGUAAAUAAUUUUGAAUCCUACAUGGAAAAUUUAAUAUUUAUGGAGAAGUUUUAUACUAAUUAAAAUAACGAAUAAAAGUAGCAACAUUGUAAAGAAAAAUUAUUAUAGCAAGAAAUAAGGGAUCUCCCUGAAACAAUAAAUAAAGAUCCAAAAAUAUGUAGUUAUAGGCCUAUCAAAAACCUUUAAGUUUAAUGA